UGCUGAUCUUUCCUGGCUGUCUCUCUCUCUCUCUCUUUGUCUCUCUGUAUUCUGUUUGUGGGGCAAGAUAAGAGGUUUCUGCAUACUCAGAGCAAUUCUCAACCUGAUCCUCAGUUUCUUACUAGUCCUUUAUCUGAUUUUUACAGAGAACCUUUCCCAACAGAAUCUUCUCUUGUCGCAGCAGAAAAAUUUGGCGUCGCCUUGGAAAUUUCCUUUUUAAUAUUGGUCCCGGUUGUCGGGGCCGACAGAAGGAACGUUGGCUUUUGUUCCUUUUUCAAGCUAUCUGGUGGGCAAUUUGAUUUCAGUUCCCAAACUUCUUUGGUCUGGAUAGCAUUUUUGAUUUCUGAAAUUUAUACAAAGUGAUUCUUUUUUUCAUUACUUGCUUUAUAUUAAUGUUUGUAUUUUUUGCCUGCUGCAUAGAAACCAGCAAAGGGUUGAUUUCAUUGUCGUUUUUCCAGGCUUGGGGCUUUGGCCUUUGAAAUAUUUUGAUUUCUGUUUGAUAAAAUAGUUUGUUUUCUCAGAGCUUCUGUCUCUUCUCUGCUGGAUGGUUGCCGGUUGCUCUAUUACGUUGUCUUUCUGAGUGAAGUUUGCGUAUUACCAUCAGCUUUAGGCAACUUCAAAUUUGCCUCUGGUAUUUGUAAAUAGUAAUUUACUGCGGCUUUUCUGUGUCUGUCAAAAAGAAUAAUAGUUCUGCCGUCUAGAGAGAGAAGGUACUGGGUAUAACACUUUUCUUUCUCUCUUAUUUGUGAAUCAUCAAUUGGUCCUUUCGCCAGUUAAUUCCUCCUGAAUAUCAGCUGUGGCCAGUUUGACAACUGGUCAGUGGGUCACCUCCUUCUCUUCCCAGCUUGCUUAUCUUGCAAAAGGGCGCCUAUUUGUGGGACUUUGACUUGGGGCUGGGGGAAAAACAGCUUACAAAAUGUCCCAAGAAGGUCACUUGGACGUUUUCAGGGCAGAGAUGCUGACUUUCAGUUUGUGGGACUAUGGGGUCUUUGGUCUCAUGCUGUUGAUCUCAACCAGCAUCGGACUCUUCUACGCCCUCCGAAAAGGUGGGCAGAAGACAUCAGACGACUUCUUCACGGGGGGACGGCAGAUGUCCGCAAUCCCCGUGGGCCUCUCGCUCUCUGCCAGCUUCAUGUCGGCCAUCCAGGUACUGGGGGUCCCGGCUGAAGCGUACCGGUAUGGCAUGAAGUUCUUGUGGAUGUGCCUAGGGCAAGUCCUGAACACCCUUUUGACAGCCUACCUGUUUCUGCCAGUGUUUUACCGCCUACAGCUCACCAGCACUUACGAGUAUCUGGAAUUGAGGUUCUCCAAGAAAGUCCGCCUGUGCGGGACGAUCCAGUACAUUAUUGCCACGAUACUGUACACCGGAAUUGUCAUCUACGCUCCGGCUUUGAUCCUCAAUCAGGUGACUGGGCUAGAUAUCUGGGCCUCCCUCCUCUCCACUGGAAUUAUCUGUACAUUCUACACUACCAUUGGUGGAAUGAAAGCCGUUAUCUGGACAGAUGUUUUCCAAGUUUUUGUCAUGCUUUCGGGCUUCAUUGCCAUCAUGAUCCAGGGGACGCUUCUGGUUGGCGGGCCAGGUCAAGUCUUGGGUAUUGCAUACAACCACUCCAGGAUCAACUUUGGCGAUUUUGAUCCUGAUCCCCGGAGCCGCUACACUUUCUGGACAUUUAUUUUUGGCGGGACAAUGGUUUGGCUUUCCAUGUACGGAGUGAAUCAAGCCCAAGUCCAGCGCUACGUGGCCUGCAAGACCGAGAAAGAGGCAAAACUAGCUCUCCUGGUCAAUCAAGUGGGCCUCUUCUUCAUAGUCUCCAGUGCCGUGGCCUGUGGCAUUGUGAUGUUUGCUCUGUACAAGGACUGCGACCCUCUCUUGGCUGGGUAUAUCUCUGCACCUGAUCAGUAUAUGCCUUAUCUGGUUUUGGAUAUCUUUGAGAAAUAUCCAGGGGUUCCUGGCCUGUUCCUGGCCUGUGCAUACAGUGGAACUCUGAGCACAGCUUCAACCAGCAUCAACGCCAUGGCUGCAGUUACUGUGGAGGACCUCAUCAAGCCUGCUAUGCCAAACUUGUCACCGCGGAAACUCACCCUCAUCUCCAAAGGGCUCUCCCUGAUCUAUGGUUCAUCGUGCAUCAUUGUUGCUGCGCUGUCAUCGUUACUAGGAGGUGGUGUGCUACAGGGUUCCUUCACUGUCAUGGGAGUUAUUAGUGGCCCUCUGCUUGGAGCAUUCAUUUUGGGGAUGUUCAUACCAGCUUGCAACACGGCGGGGGUUCUCUCUGGUCUAGGGGUUGGCUUUGUGAUCUCCUUCUGGGUAGCUGUUGGGGGCACCAUCUACCCACCAAGUGCUGCUACUAUGGGUGUUCUCCCAUCCUAUGGAAACGUUUGCCCUCUCUAUAAUGCUUCUGAAGGAUUGAAUGGCACCAUUGUGUUUGGACCGCUGCCCCCACGAAACAUCUCAGAACCCUUUGAAAGGCCAGCCAUUGCAGAUGACUUCUAUGCCAUGUCAUACCUAUACUAUGGUGCCUUGGGAACUCUGAGCACAGUCAUCAUAGGAAUUCUGGCAAGUUGCCUAACAGGUUCUACAAAAAGAAGCACCAAGCGGCCAGGUGUCUUGUGGUGGGAUGUCAUGAAACAGACCUCUUCAAUCUCACCAGAGGAGCCAAAGAAACCGUUCUCCAAGGUAUCUGGGGAUUUCCCCAGUUUGCAAAAGAAGGCCUUUGGUUCGGCUUCCCAGGUGUCUGGGUUUUUGGCUGAAGAGAAGGCCCUGAUGGCUAAGGCAGAGCGUGCAUUUUCAAAUAGCUCUGAGGAGUCCCUCUGUCAGUGCACCUCAUUGGAACACAGCUGUUUCCACCUGCUCAGAGAGACUGACGUGUAGGUGGCCAAAGCUCCUGGAGGUGAGAGACCAGGUGCCUGAACAGCUGUGCACAGGAGAAGAUUCUUCUUCAAGCAAGAGAUAAUGGACAAGCGGUACCUUCAGCCAAACCAAAGUACAACCUCUAAAGAAGGGUGGGGUUUUAUUUUGUUACUAGAGGGGAAGGAUGGUGGCUCGUUAUCGAGAUCUGGCUAAAAUAUUUGAACCUUCCCAUUAAGCAUCUCUUGAAAAUCCACCCAACUGUUGUAGGCCGAGAAUUGCAUUCUCUUGUGCCUCGUCUGGCUGGGUAGGCAGCUUAAACGCAACAAGCAAGGAACAAUCGCACAACAGAGGGAUGGGAAAGUCGAAGAGCCACCACCUUUGGCUUGAGUACUCUCACAGAUGUGUCGUAACAACCUUCCUCUGCUGGCAAGCUCCACGUACGUUUUCUUCAGGAAAGAGACUGAAAAUGACAGAGGCGAUUCGUGAGGAGGAGGAGGAGGAUCCGGAAUGGCUUCUUUCCCCCAUUUCCAAGCUCCCUCCUCCGUUUAAUACAAGCUUUUAUUUAAGUUGUAGCAGUACCGCAAAGCACGUGCCGGCUCUUGGAGGAUGCCCAAGGACUUGUCAAGAUGCGACUACUUAGAAGUCUCUCUGUUCUGCUGACUGUAUAUAACAGCUACUCCUUAACUGAGGUUCAUUGUCUGUGCCACUGGCACCAUACGACGCUUGCUUACCAGUCCUUCCUACCAAUGCAAUCACAUGCUUUAAUUAUGUGUUUCUGUAUUGCAGGGGGUUGGACGUGAUGGCCCUUGUGGUCUCUUCCAACUCUUCUAUGACUCUAUGGUUCUACGUUACCAACUUUGCAGGCAUAACAUGGUUCUAAUUAGCCUUUCCUGUCCUUCCUGUUUGGAAUAGCUGCCCCAUAAUUCCUUACAGGGAACAGGGGAAUUCUCAGGACAGUCAUUCUAGCCAAUGUUUCUCUGCCCUGGAGGACCAUAGUUGUAUCUCUGAAUUCAUGAUCUGGCCAAGAUCUAGUGCUUUUUGAAGAGCCAGAAUGACGGCCACGAAAAUGGGAAAUCUGCAGCCCCAAAGGUCUUUCAAUGGUCUUUUUCACAAAACGUGGUGGAAAACAUACAAAAAAGUGCUCCGAAUGAAUUGCAAUAAAAUCAUUAAGAUGCUCAGUUCUUUUACAACUAAUAACACUGAUUGUAUUUUUAAUUAAUAUUUAUUACAUUGUUAAAACAAAGUCCAAGAAAAAAAUGGCAGAAAUACUUUGAAAGAUCUACUAGUCUUUGAUACCAACAUUUACCGUCAAUGUAAAUAAUGAGUAAUUAAAGUUUAUGACCUAAAACCUA